AUGCCUGCAAAUCCUCAGUCCCCAGGGAUGCGCAGUAUCCUACUGCUCCUGCUCCUUCUGCCAGCUCUCACCACUGCCUUCUCGUGCAACCAUCUUCGCCACCAGGAUGCCAACUUCUCUUGGAAGAGCCUCCAGCUCCUUCAGAAUGCGGCUCCACCUCCACCACAGCCUUGCCCACAACAAGAUGUGACUUAUCCAUUUCCAGAAACCCUUCUGGAAAGCAAGGACAAGAAGCAAGCCGCCAUCACCACCCUCCACAUCCUACAACACCUCUUCAACAUACUUAGCAGCCCACGCACUCCAACACACUGGAUUGACCACGCACGCCACAGCCUCCUGAACCAGAUCCAGCAUUACAUCCAUCACCUUGAGCAAUGCUUCGUAGACAAAGGCACGCACUCCCAGAAGAGAGGACCUCGCAACUCUCACCUCAUCAUCAACAAAUACUUCAGAUCCAUUCACAACUUUCUCCAGCUCAACAACUACAGUGCUUGCACCUGGGACCAUGUUCGCCUCCAUGCUCGUGCCUGCUUCCAACACGUGGACACCCUCAUACGACAGAUGAAAAGUUGA